CGGCGGCGGCGGCUGCGGGGGGCGCCCAAGAUGGCGGCGGCGGCGGCUCCGGGCCCCGCGGCGGGGCCGCGCCGCUUCUCGCUGCUGGCGAUCGUGGGCGGCGGCUGCCACCGGCCCGGGCUGCUGGCGGCCGCGCUGCAGCAGCUGGAGCGAGGGAUCCGCUCCUGGGACAUCGACCUCACCUCCUGCAACCUGGACGAGCAGCUGAAGCUCUUCGUCUCCCGCCACUCCGCCACCUUCUCCAGCAUCGUCAAAGGUCAGCGGACCCUCCACCACCGUGGCGAUGUGCUGGAGACCCUGGUGCUGCUCAACCCCUCCGACAAGUCCCUGUGCGACGAGCUGCGAAACCUCAUCACGGACGUGUCGCAGCACAAGCUGCUGGUGUUCGCGGGGCCCUGCGUGGAGGAGACGGGCGAGCUGAUGCUGCAGACGGGCUGCUUCUCCCUGCGGGACUUCAUCCAGAUCUUCACCGACAAGGAGGUCGGGGAGAUCCUGAGCUCCGCGGACCCCUCGGCCAAGGCCAGGCUGACCAUCAGCUGCCCCGACUUCGGGGAGUGGAAGGACUCGGGCUUGGACCACCACAACCUCCAGGACUUCAUCGAGCUGCGCUACAACCCGGGCUGCAUCCUGCCCGAGAUGGAGGGGCUGGAGGAGUUCAUGGAGUACCUCUCGGAGUCGCUGGAGCCCCAGUCCCCCUUCGACCUCCUCGAGCCCCCCACCAUGGUCGGCUUCCUCAAGCUCUCCAAGCCCUGCUGCUAUAUCUUCCCGGGCGGGAGAGGGGACUCGGCUUUCUUCGCCGUCAACGGUUUCAACGUGUUGGUCAACGGGGGCUCCAACCCCAAGUCGUCCUUCUGGAAGCUGGUCCGGCACCUGGACCGCAUCGACUCCAUCCUGGUGACGCACGCGGGCACGGACAGCCUGCCCGGCGUCAACAGCCUGCUGCAGAGGAAGCUGGCCGAGCUGGAGGAGGACCCGUCCUCGCAGGGCUCGCAGGGCAACGGGGACUGGGCCAAGAACCUCAUCUCCCCGGAGCUGGGCGUCGUCUUCCUCAACGCCUCCGAGAAGCUGAAGGCCAUCGAGGGCAACUCGCGGGUGCUGAAGAGCUGCGACGAGGCCGCCCUGACCCUGCACUACCUGGAGAAGUUGGGCAUCCGCCCCAACCCGCUGGCCCGCGACGGCAGCCCCCGCGUGGAGCCCACCGUCCUCUUCCAGAAGAUGGGAGUGGGCCGGCUGGACAUGUACGUCCUCAACCCCGUGAAGGGCACCAAGGAGCUGGAGUUCCUCCUGCAGCAGUGGUCGGGCGACGGCUACCCCAAGGAGCAGGAGCUGCCCCUGCAGUGCCUCACCUCCGUCUGCGCCCUGCUCGUCUGGCACCCCGUCAGCCCCUCCGAGAAGAUCAUCCGCGUCCUCUUCCCCGGCUGCACGCCCCAGGCCCGCAUCCUGGAGGGGCUGGAGAAGGUGAAGCACCUGGAGUUCCUCAAGCACCCCGUGGUCACCAAGAACGACCUGAAGGGGCCCUCGGCGCCCCAGCCCGAGAAGCAGCUCAAGCAGAGGAGGACGGAGAGCAAGGAGAGCCUCAAGUCGUCCUCCAAGCUCAGCCUGGUGGACGCCGGGGCGCCCGUGCCGAAGGAGAAGGCCCCGAAGGCGGAGAAGAAGGAGGUGAAGGCGGGGACCAAGGAGAAGCCGAAACCUCCGGGGGAGAUGACGAGAGUGGGGUUGGAAGAGGAGAAGGCCAAGGAUGCUCGAGCCAAGCUGGACUCUUCGACGGAGAAGCUGAAAGCGGACGCCAAGCCCAAGCUGAGCAAGGAGAAAGCGGCGCCCAAGAAGGAGCCCGUGCCGCGGAAGGAGGAGAAGAAGCUGCUGAAGAAGGAGGAUGGGGGGGGCGAGGCAAAGGGGGAGGCCAAGAAGGAGGUGAAGGCGGUGAAGAAGGAGGUGAAGGCUGACACGCUGCGGAAGGACGUGAAGGAGAACAAGGCAGAGCCCAAGGCUGCCGCGAAGCUCCCGGCCCGCAAAGCGCCGGUGCCGGAGGCCCGCAAACCCCCGGCCAAGGCCGGCAGCCUCAAGAAGUCCACGCUCAAGAAGGAGCCGGAGAAGCCCAAGGCCAAAGCCGCCAAGGAGCCGGGCGCCAAGAAGGAGCCGGGGGCGUCGGAGGGCUCCAAGUCCUCCUCGCCCGAGGACAUGCAGCCGGCGGGCGCCUUGCCGGGGGCCGAGGGGAGGAGGAGGAAGGAGGAAUCGCCGGACGAAGGCAUCACCACGGCCGAGAGCGAGCUGGAGCCCUCGCCGCUGGAGAACGGGGGUGCCGGCAGGGGGCCGGAUUUGGGCUGCCUGGAGAACGGCGUGGAGGACCCCGAGAGCCCCCAACGCUUCCGCUACCCCGAGGGCAGCCCCUUCAGGGCCGUCGGCCCCCCCUCGCCCCUGGCCAAGACCCCCAAGAGCGAGCGCAGCGUCAUCUUCGACCUGACGCCCACCGGGCUGCUCAACCACGGCCCCGAGGGCGCCGAGGAUCCCUGCGGCAGCUCCGAGGAGAAGACCCUGGAGAUGAUGUCCCCGGCCAGCUCGGGGCCGGCCAGCGCCGGGCACACUCCCUUCCACCAGUCGCCGGUGGAGGAAGCCGGGGAGGAUCCGGGCGCCGGCGCCACCAAGCAGCCCAACACCCCCUGGCCGCCGGGCGCGGGCCGAGCCUCGCACGACAGCUCGGGCUCCUCGCAGGAGAAGCAGGCGGGCUGCCUGUCCCUCAGCCCCUUCAAGGACGACGUCCCCAACGUGUCGCCCACCAUCACCACCCCGUCGCUGCCGGCCGAGGUGGGCUCCCCGCACUCCACCGAGGUGGACGAGUCGCUCUCGGUCUCCUUCGAGCAGGUUCUGCCCCCCGUCAGCGAGUCCCCCCAGGAGGAGGGCGCCCGGCCCCGCGGGGCCGGCGGCACGCCGGAGCCCGAGCCCGCGGCCACCAAGGGGGGGAUGUCCCUGCCCCUGCGGCCCUGCCACCACCAGCACCACCCGCCGCGGCACGGCCGCCGCUCCGACUCGCCCCACGACGUCGACCUGUGCCUGGUGUCGCCCUGCGAGUUCGAGCAUCCCAAAUCGGGGCGCUCGCCCGCCGCCAGCCCCCGGGACUUGUCGGACAGCGACCCCUCGCAGGAGCUGGCGCAGCCCCCGGCGCGCCGCCGCGGCCGGGCCCCCCCUCCAGCGGGCGAGACGCCCCCCACCUCCGUCAGCGAGUCGCUGCCCACCCUCUCCGAUUCCGACGUCCCGCCGGCCACCGAGGACUGCCCCUCCAUCCUGGCCGACGGGCUGGAGUCGGACGAGGACUCGGAGCAGCCCCCCCGCGGCCCCCCCAGGCCCCGCGACCCUCUGCCGGCCCCCAUGAAGGACCCCUGCCCCAUCCCCGCCCAGCCCGGCAUCUGCAUGGUGGACCCCGAGGCGCUGCCCAAGAAGGAGCCCCCCGGCAAGGCCAAGCGCACCCCGUCCCGCGUGGGCUCGGCGCCCGCCGGCCCCAAAACCGAGACCCCCAAGCCCACCGGCCCGGCCACCAAGGGCAGGGCUCCCCCCCCCGCCAGCUCGGGCCGCGACGCCGGGGACAAGGCCAGGCUGCCCCCCGGGGACAAGAAGGGCCCCCCCGGUGGCACCGCGACGGCACGCGGCGCUGGAGCCAAGCCGCUGGCAGGAGCCGGCCGGGCGUCCCCGGCAGGCUCACGUGCUGCGGCCCCCCCCGGCCCCCCCGUCUACGUGGACCUGGCGUACCUGCCGGGCUCGUGGAGCGCCCGCACGGUGGACGAGGAGUUUUUCCGGCGCGUGCGCUCCCUCUGCUACGUGGUGAGCGGCGACGACCACCUGAAGGAGGGCGUCCUGCGGCCCAUCCUGGACGCCCUGCUGGCCGGCAAGCACCAGUGGGGCACCGACACCCAGGUGACGCUGAUCCCCACCUUCGACUCGCUGGUGAUGCACGAGUGGUACCAGGAGACCCACGACCGGCAGCAGGAGCUGGGCAUCACGGUGCUGGGCAGCAACAGCACCGUGGCCAUGCAGGAUGAGACCUUCCCCGCCUGCAAGGUGGAGUUCUGAGCACGGAGGCGGCGGCGUGGGCUUCAUCCCCACCCUCCUCCUCCUCCUCCUCCUCCUCCUCCUCCUCUGUACUGUCCCCCCCCCCUCACCUCCCACCCAGCGGCCCCCAGCCGCUGUGGUUUGGAGGGAAGGGGGGGGAGGAAGCUGCAGGAGGGGGGGGGGAGUUGUGCCCCCCCCCCCCCAGCCUGGCAGGGGUCGCGGGGGGCCCCGCAGCACCCCCCCGUGCCGCACCGUCACGCCGCCUGGCUCGCGCACUCCUCACUCUGCACCCACCACGGCCCUGGGGGGCGAGGGACCAGCUUGGGGGGGGGGGUUGACACUGCCAGCAGGGGGGGGGGGUGACACUGCCAGCCAUGGGGGGGGCGAUGCUGCCCCCCCCCCCCCGGGGCAGGAUCCAGCCCCUCCUGCGGCCGUGCCCGGCCAAUUCCUGGCGGGCACCGCGAUUGAACAGGGUAAAUUUUUUUGUUGUUUGCUGUCCCCAACCCCUAUCUGGAGAAGCCACUACUGCCCCCCCCCCCCGGGUACCCUGCCCUCGGGGGGGGGGGGGGGAGCUGAACCCCUCCCUGGGGGCACCACGGCCCCCCCACGGCUAUGGGGCUGUGCCGAGGCUGUGGGGCGGCUGCUCCUAUGGCACUACAGCGCCCGGCACCGUCCCCCACGCACGCACGGCCCCCCCAAAAAAAAAUUCGGCGAAGAGCAAAGCGUUUUCCCGCCCCCCCCCCCCCCCCCCCCAUCAUCACCUCGUGUCCCCCCCCCCCCGGGGGCUUUGUGCUGAGACCUGGCAGCUCGCUGCACCGGGGGCUCGAAGCCCUCCUGGAAGGCUUUGAAGGAACCAAACGUCACGUGCAAUUUUUAAGGGGUUUUGGGUGUGUUUUUUUUUUUUUGGGGGGGGGGGGGGACUAAGAGAAAGGAGGGGGGGGUCUGGGUCUGUCCUCCCCCCCUCCCAAGGCCCGCGGGGGCAGGCACCGCCUGCUAACAGCACGCGGGGCAAACACUAAGGGGUUGUAGGAGGCUCCUCGAUGGCUCUUUUUGUAACGAGUUUUUAAGAAAAAAAAAAAAAAAAAAAAGAGAAAAAUAACGUGAGAAAGGAAAAAAAAGAAUAAAGGAGAGAAAAAAAAAAAAGAAAACCAAAAAAAAAAAAAAAAAAACCAAAAACAAAAACCCAAAAAACCUCCCCCAGCCCCCCCCCCCCCCCCCCAGUUCCCACGGGAGGUGAUUUAUCCGAGGUUGCCCCCCCCCCGGCCCCCCCCCCCGGGGCCUUUUCCUUGGGAUCGUGUCUGUGUGUGGGGUGGGGGGGCCCCUUCGGUGCUUUAUGGGUUUGUCUUAGCUGGGGCUGGUUUUGGGGCUGGGGGGGGGGGGGGGGUUCCCGCGCCCCCCCGGCCCGUUUUCGGUGGAUUUGUUGGAAGCGAGCAUUAAAGAGAGGCUGCGCCCGGC